AUGGAUACGUGUGUGUGUGUGUGUGACUGAGUCCCUUUGCUGUUCACCUGAAACUGGCAUAACGUUGUUAAUUGGCUGUACCUCCAAUACAAAAUAAAAAGUUAAAAAAAGAAUAAGGAGAUUGAGGAUUAAGCACCCUAGACACUAGGGAAUGUGACUCUCUAAGGGUUUAUUUAAACAGAUGUUCAGUGAAUACUUGCUCGCCUUGCUUCUUCUUUAUUCACAGUACUUGUCUAGCAUUGAAGGAUUGUUUUCAUUUUCAUAUUAGUCCAUUGUAAAGGGAGAGAUGCUUGAGAAUAUCAAGUGUCUUGUAUUUAUUUUCUGUAGUCAUUUAAAUAGUUCUCUUCCCUGUCUCUCCUCCAUACACACCCACUGUGCUUUUAUCUGCUUUUUUUUUUUUUCAGCCUUCCAACAUAUUCUUUACAAUGGAUGAUGUGGUCAAGGUUGGAGAUUUUGGAUUGGUGACGGCAAUGGACCAAGAUGAGGAAGAUCAGAUGGUUCUGACCCCAAUGCCAGGUUACGCCAGGCACACAGGACAAGUCGGGACCAAGCUGUAUAUGAGCCCAGAACAGAUUCAUGGCAGCAGCUACUCUCAUAAAGUGGACAUCUUUUCUUUGGGCCUCAUUCUGUUUGAAUUACUGUACCCGUUCGGCACUCAGAUGGAAAGGGUCAGGAUCCUAACUGAUGUAAGAGAUCUCAAAUUUCCACCACUAUUUACUCAAAAAUAUCCUCGUGAGUAUGCCAUGGUGCAAGACAUGCUGUCCCCAUCUCCUACUGAACGGCCAGAAGCUGCGAGCAUCAUUGAAAACGCGAUCUUCGAGGACUUGGAGUUUCCAGGAAAGACGGUCCUCAGACAGAGGUCUCGAUCCAUGAGCUCAUCUGGGGCGAAACAUUCAAGACACUCCAGCAGCCCCCACAGCCCUUUGCCCAGCAAUUAGCCUUAUGUUCCGUUCGCGCCCCUAACAGGUGACAACGGAAUAGCCUGCUUCAAAGGAAUAUUGCUUUUCCAAAAUCGCAAACUUGAAAAUAUGGUUCUCCACUUGAUUUUGUUUUAGGCUGCCUUUUCUAAAUCAGAUUUUAAACUGGAUUUUGGAGCGCACACCUCAUUUGAGCCAACUUUUGAUUUUUGCUCCAGUCAAGGGGAGGGCUGUCACAUGCGGUCUUUCCUUCGCUGGUCUGUCACAUGCUGGUCUGUUGAAACUGGCUGGCCAAGCAUUCUGCCCUCACGUUUUGCCUAGGGAGGUAGAAGCAUUCCCUAAAAUGUAUAGAGAGAAUUAUAAAAUGGAAAUAUUUUUAUAGUAUAGAAAAUGAAAGUCCCUACAUGGUGGUAACCAUAUUGUUCUAGAAAGACGCUUUCUAGAGAGAUCAUGGGGAUUUUGAAACUGAUUUCAAAACAAAGCUGACUCCAUUUUUGUCCCUGGUGGGUGAAUUAGGAAGCUGCAUUAUUUUGGAGGACAAGUAGCACAAAUUAUAUAGCUAGUUUUCUAGGGUCAUUUGUAGCAUUAAAUAGCUUUAUUCCUCAGAUAGUUCUAGAACUAGAGAGAAAAAUUUUUAAGAGCUUUUUGUACUUUUACCUCCAAUAAAGGAAAAAUGAAGCUUUUUGUGUAAGUUGGUCAAAAAUUCUGGCUUGGAGAAGGAAAAAAAGCCGUAGUAAGAAACAAAUCAUAUAUCACAGCUAACUGCUUCAAUUACGGACUUCUUAAACCUAAUGAAAUCUUACAUGUCUUAAAUGUAAUACUGUAGGUUGAUACUGUCUCAGAACUGAUUGUAGAUAACAGUCUAAUCAUCUAACUUGCUAACAUGUUUUUAUUUUUCACUGUAAAUAGGUUUAUUUUUUAUUUAUAAAAAUUCUGAACUCAAUCCAUUUGGGUUGGUGGUGUACAGAACACACUUAAAAGUGUGUUAACUAUUGUGACUUCUUUCAAGUCUAAAUGGUUUAAUAAAACUUUUAGAAAUGAU